AUGAAAGUCUGGUUUAUCACUGGAUCGUCUCGUGGUCUUGGCCUCGCCAUAGCAGAAGCUGCCCUCAACAAUGGAGAUUCUGUCAUCGCCACCGCACGAAAGCCAGAACAGCUCGCCAACCUUGUCGAGAAAUUUGGCUCUGACCGAGUUCUCCCCGUUGCCCUUGAUGUAACCGAUAAUGAUCAGGUCAUUCAGGCUGUCAAAACGGGACAUGAAAGAUUCGGCCGAAUCGACGUUGUUAUCAACAAUGCCGGAUACGCGAACACUGCUGCCGUUGAGGACAUUGACAUCAACGACUUCCGGUCUCAAGUCGAUGCAAACCUUUUUGGCGUAGUCUUCGUCUCGAAGGCAGUUCUUCCUAUCCUUCGUCAGCAGACGUCAGGCGGUCAUAUCUUCCAGGUGUCCUCGCUUGGCGGACGCGUUGGCUCUCCGGGUCUUUCUGCCUACCAAUGCUCCAAGUGGGCUGUUGGUGGCUUUUCGACAGUCCUUUCACGAGAGGUAGCUCCCCUUGGUAUCAAGAUUACCGUACUUGAGCCUGGCGGCAUCAGGACCGAUUGGGCAGGCUCCUCGAUGCAUGUGCCCCCAGUUAGCGAGCCAUACCAGCCGACAGUGGGGGCCUUUGUCGAGACCCUUCGCAAAUCCAACGGAAGCGAGCCUUCUAUCCCGAGCAAGAUUGCGGCUAUUAUCUUGAAAGUUUUGGACGAUAAGGAGCCGCCUCUACGCCUGCUUAUUGGCCCUGAAGCGGUUGAAUAUGGCCGCGCAGCGAGUGAUGCACUUGCUGCCUCGGAUGAAAAGUGGCGCGAAGUGAGUCUUUCCUCGGUAUAG